UGAGAAAAUAGCCACCAAGUUUGACUGGUCUGAGCGAUUUCACGUCAGGCUUCCCCUUAAAGGUGCUUGCUCCGAGACUUCAAGUCAAGUAACAGGCACAAAAAGGUCGCUGUCAUUCAGCUGCUGUGUGAGCACCUCAGAAAGAUCUCAAAUAUUCAGAGGUCUUACAACAUGGCGGACAUUGAUAACAAAGAAACUGAACUUGACCAGCAAGAUAUGGAAGAUGUUGAAGAAGUGGAAGAAGAAGAAACUGGUGAAGAUGCAAACAGCAAAGCUCGUCAGUUGACUGUUCAGAUGAUGCAGAAUCCUCAGAUUCUUGCAGCUCUUCAAGAAAGACUGGAUGGUUUAGUUGGAACAUCAACUGGAUACAUUGAAAGCUUGCCAAAAGUAGUUAAGCGGCGUGUGAAUGCCCUCAAAAACCUUCAGGUGAAAUGUGCACAGAUAGAAGCCAAGUUCUAUGAGGAAGUUCAUGCUCUUGAAAGAAAGUAUGCUGUUCUUUACCAGCCACUUUUUGAUAAGAGAAGUGAAAUCAUCAAUGCAAUUUAUGAACCUACAGAAGAAGAGUGUGAAUGGAAACCAGAUGAUGAUGAAGAGAUUUCAGAGGAAAUGAAAGAGAAGGCUAAGCUUGAAGAGGAGAAAAAAGAUGAAGAAAAAGAAGACCCUAAAGGAAUUCCUGAAUUUUGGCUGACUGUUUUUAAAAAUGUUGACUUGCUCAGUGAUAUGGUUCAGGAACAUGAUGAACCUAUUCUGAAGCACCUGAAAGAUAUUAAAGUGAAGUUCUCAGAUGCUGGCCAACCUAUGAGUUUUACAUUAGAAUUUCACUUUGAACCCAAUGAAUAUUUCACAAAUGAGGUGUUGACGAAGACAUAUCGUAUGCGGUCAGAGCCAGAUGAUUCUGAUCCUUUCUCCUUUGAUGGACCAGAAAUUAUGAGUUGCACAGGGUGUCAGGUAGAUUGGAAAAAAGGGAAAAAUGUCACUUUGAAAACUAUUAAGAAGAAACAGAAACACAAGGGACGUGGGACUGUUCGAACUGUGACAAAAACAGUUUCCAAUGAUUCUUUCUUCAAUUUCUUUUCUCCUCCUGAAGUUCCUGAGAGUGGAGACCUGGAUGAUGAUGCGGAAGCUAUCCUUGCAGCAGACUUUGAAAUUGGUCACUUUUUACGUGAGCGUAUAGUCCCGAGAUCAGUAUUAUACUUCACAGGAGAAGCUAUUGAAGAUGAUGAUGAUGAUUAUGAUGAAGAAGGUGAAGAGGCUGAUGAUGAGGAAGGGGAAGAAGAAGCUGAUGAGGAAAAUGAUCCAGAAUAUGAUCCGAAGAAAGACCCAAACCCAGCCGAGUGCAAGCAGCAGUGAGCAGUGCGUGCUGUGGCCUUGAGGAUUACUGCACUGUCCCAGCCUAACCACAGCUAGUAGUUACUUACAGCCUUAUGUUUUGUAUUUUCUUGGUAGAAUCAAGUAAACAAUUUUUGUUAAAAAAGGAAAAAAAGAAAAAAUGAACGUU